ACUCAGAUUGACAGCACAUAGAAUAGAACUAAUGGCCGAUCGAGUGCUCGUGAUUGGCAGUGGAGGGAGAGAGCAUGCGCUGGCCUGGAAGUUGGCCCAGUCCCCACAUGUAAAACACGUGUUUGUUGCUCCAGGGAAUGCAGGAACAGCUGACAAUGGAAAAAUUUCCAAUUCAGCUGUUUCAGUCAGCAAUCAUGCUGCACUCGCCCAGUUCUGCAGAGAUCAGGAGAUCAGGCUGGUUGUGGUUGGUCCAGAGGUUCCUCUUGCUGCUGGAAUUGUUGAUGACUUGACAGCAGCUGGAGUAAGGUGUUUUGGUCCAACAGCAGAGGCAGCUCAGCUGGAGUCCAGUAAGAGCUUUACCAAAGCCUUCUUGGAUCGUCAUGAAAUCCCAACUGCGAGAUGGAAAUCUUUUACUGAUGCUAAAGCAGCAUGUAACUUUAUUAACAGUGCAAACUUCCCUGCUUUAGUUGUAAAAGCCAGUGGCCUGGCAGCUGGCAAAGGAGUAAUUGUGGCUUCAAACAAGGAGGAAGCCUGCAAGGCUGUUACUGAAAUCAUGCAGGAUAAGACUUUUGGCACAGCUGGGGAAACUGUUGUUGUUGAAGAACUUCUUGAAGGAGAAGAAGUUUCUUGUUUAUGUUUCACUGAUGGCGUCACAAUUGCCCCCAUGCCUCCAGCCCAGGACCACAAGCGAUUAAUGGAUGGAGAUGAAGGCCCUAACACUGGAGGGAUGGGAGCUUAUUCCCCAGCACCUCAGAUUUCUAAAGAUUUACUGCAGAAAAUACGAGAUACUGUUCUUCAGAAAACUGUUGAUGGCAUGAGGAAAGAAGGCGUCCCCUAUUUUGGUGUGCUUUAUGCUGGAUUAAUGCUUACCAAAGACGGACCUAAAGUUCUAGAGUUUAACUGCAGAUUUGGUGACCCAGAAUGUCAGGUAAUUCUUCCACUGUUGAAAAGUGAUUUGUAUGAAGUUAUGCAAGCAGUUAUCAAUAAAAAGUUGUCUAGUUCCAUGCCAGUUUGGUUUGAAGACAGUGCAGCUGUGACGGUGGUCAUGGCUAGCGAAGGGUAUCCAGGAACAUAUCCCAAGGGUUUGGAAAUAACAGGACUUCCUAAGGCUAAGCAGCUAGGAUUGGAGGUGUUUCAUGCAGGCACAGCCCUGAAGGAUGGCAAAGUGGUGACUAGUGGAGGAAGAGUCCUUACCGUAACUGCUAUUAAAGAGGACCUAAUGACAGCACUGCAAGAAGCUAACAAGGGAGUAGCAGCCAUACACUUCAAGGGUGCCAUUUAUAGAAAGGACAUUGGUUAUCGGGCUAUAGCUUUCCUGAGACAAUCCAGAGGCCUGACUUACAAAAACAGUGGGGUAGACAUCGCAGCAGGGAAUACUUUGGUUCAGAAAAUUAAACCCCUAGCUGCAGCCACGUCAAGGUCAGGCUGCAAUGCGGAACUUGGAGGCUUUGCUGGCCUCUUUGAUUUGAAAGCAGCUGGUUACAAAGAUCCUAUCUUGGUAUCUGGAACUGAUGGUGUUGGCACAAAACUCAAGAUUGCACAAGUGUGUAAGAAACAUGACACCAUCGGUCAGGACCUGGUUGCCAUGUGUGUCAAUGACAUCUUGGCUCAAGGAGCCGAGCCCCUCUUCUUCCUCGACUAUUUUGCCUGUGGCAAACUGGACGUUGAAGUGGCUCAGGGUGUCAUUGCAGGAAUAGCUGAAGCUUGCAAAAAAGCAGGAUGCGCUCUGUUGGGAGGAGAAACUGCUGAAAUGCCAGGCAUGUAUCCACCCGGAGAGUAUGACCUGGCUGGCUUUGCUGUCGGUGCAGUGGAGCGAGGGCAGAUGCUGCCCCAGCUGGAAAGAAUUGCUGAUGGAGACGCGGUUAUUGGAGUAGCUUCUUCUGGGGUUCACAGCAAUGGGUACAGCCUUGUGAGGAAGAUUGUUGAGAAGUCUUCGUUCGAUUUCUCUUCUCCAGUUGGUGCCUCCGGUGAUCAGACAUUAGGAGAUCUCUUGUUAACCCCGACGAAGAUCUACAGUAAGACUCUGUUGCCUGUCCUUCGCUCAGGCCAUGUGAAAGCCUAUGCCCACAUCACCGGAGGGGGCUUGCUGGAAAACAUCCCCAGAGUUCUCCCAGAGUCCUUUGGUGUCGUUUUAGAUGCUCUUACCUGGAAGAUUCCUGAAAUCUUUUGCUGGCUCCAUAAAGAAGGGAACCUCUCUGAGGAGGAAAUGACUCGGACAUUUAAUUGUGGGAUCGGUGCUGUCUUGGUAGUUCAGAAGGAGCUGGCUCAGCAGGUCCUCAAGGACAUACAGAGACAUGAGACAGCCUGGCUGAUCGGAAAAGUUGUCUCCGUACAAAAAGGCUCUGCCCAGGUUAAAGUCCAUAAUCUGCUUCGAGCCUUGCAAGCAAAUAGGUCACUGUCUGUCCACAGCCAUAUCCAUGGCAAAAUUCAGGCAAACAAAGUGAAGGUUGCUGUCCUUAUCUCUGGAACAGGCACAAACCUGGAAGCCCUCAUAAAUAGCACAAAAAAGUCCACCAGUUUCGCACAAAUAGUUCUUGUUGUUUCUAACAAAGCUGGUGUGGAGGGGUUAAGGAAAGCUGAAAGAGCUGGUAUUCCUACAAGGGUUAUUGACCAUAAAUUGUAUGAAAGUCGCACUGAAUUUGACAGUGCGGUUGACAAAGUCCUUGAAGAAUUCUCAGUUGAACUGAUCUGCCUGGCUGGAUUUAUGCGAAUACUGUCAGGUCCUUUUGUCAAAAAAUGGGAAGGAAAAAUACUGAACAUCCACCCAUCACUACUGCCUUCUUUUAAGGGAGCAAAUGCCCACAAAUUGGUGUUACAAGCUGGAGUCCGAGUCACAGGCUGUACUGUACACUUUGUAGCUGAGGAAGUUGACGCUGGAGCAAUCAUUUUCCAAGAGGCCGUUCCAGUUAAGAUUGGUGACACAGUGGAGACCCUGUCCGAAAGGGUGAAGGAGGCUGAGCACCGAGCCUUCCCAGCUGCACUGCAGCUUGUCGCCAGCGGGGCCGUACAGGUCGGGGAAGCCGGCAAGAUCUACUGGAAGUAGGAGCAGCACAUCCGUGAAGGUCCUCAGGUGGGACAGCUGGGGUGCCUUAAUUGGUAAAAACAGAGGUCACAGCCUAAUAACGCGCACACUGUAUUCUCUUCACAAAG